AUGUUCAUCUUCAUCCCGGAUUUAGAGAUGAAAUCACCUAAUCUUCCGCCAUCCACACUCCCUACUCUUCAGAUCGUCAUUGAUGAAUUGAAGAAAAAGAAGAUCGUCGAUGACCUAAACUGUUCGGUGGUGGAUAGAUGGAGUACUCGUAGUUGCCGCCUCAACCUCCAUCAAAUGGUUAUGUCAAAUGGCGUCGUCAUUGCCGCCUUCGCCUCCUCUCGAUCAUCGAUUAGGGUUUCUACUCAGCAGGCAACUAGCUGUGAGCUGGAACCAUGGGGAGACCUCAGAGGGACGAUCGUCAUGGUAACCGGUGCAUUCUCCGGCAUAGGCUGUAUCGACUUAGCUAAAGCCGGUUGCAGGAUUAAUGCCGCCGCCCGCCGAACAGACCGGCUUAAGGCUCUGUGCGAUGUAAUUAGCAAUUUGAAUAUCACUGGUACUCAUCGGAGUCAAGGCAGGGACAACGAUGUCCAAGCAGUGGCGAUGGAGCUCGACGUCAGCGCCGACGGUCCUACCAUCAAAGCCUAUGUGCUAAAGGCUUGGGAUGCUUUUGGUAUCAUCAGAGGUAACUUCGAAUUCUCUUGA